AAAAGACAAUUGACAAUCGAACGGAUCAAAACAAAACCAAAAGAAAAAUAAAUUAACUAUUUAUAGUAGUUUUAUAUUUGCGUUUCAUUGAACUUCCUGAAAAUCUGAAAAUGCCAGAAAUAAUGAGUUGUGAUUUCGAAGUUCACGGCAUAGUUCAAGGUGUUUCAUUUCGAAUGUAUACUGAAAGGCAAGCCAGAUCUCUUGGAGUGAAAGGAUGGUGUAUGAAUACGCCACAUGAUACCGUUAAGGGACAAAUCGAAGGGAGCCCUGAAGCCUUUGAGCAAAUGAAAGUUUGGUUACAAAAAACUGGAAGCCCGACAUGUCGCAUAGAAAAGGUUGAUUUCAGUGAACCGAAAAAACUACCGGACUACACAUUUACAAAUUUUUCAAUUCGUCACUAAUUCAAUUGUUAUAUAUGUAAUGGUUAGAAAUUAAAGCAUUGCAAAAAUUUGCAUUCGUUAUUAAAA